GUCUGGCCUUCAUCGUGUUCACAGAAGCGAUAACCAAGAUGCCUGGUUCUCAAAUCUGGUCCGUACUCCUUUUCGUCAUGCUUUUCAGCUUAGGCCUCUCGACCCUGUUUGGCAACAUUGAAGGAGUGGUGGUCCCAUUGAAAGACUUGAAUGUAUUCCCUAAAAAUUGGCCCCAUGAAGUACUGACAGGUUUAACAUGUGCCAUAGCCUUCAUCAUCUGUCUCCUGUUUGCCCAGAAUUCAGGGCUUUAUUGGGUAACUCUCUUUGACAACUUUGCUGGAUCUGUUCCACUUCUGACCAUUGGAUUGUUUGAGAUGAUAGCUGUUGUAUACAUCUACGGCAUUGAUAGGUUCAAUGAGGACUUUGAGUUCAUGGUUGGAUACAAGCCCUCUAUCUUUUGGCAGAUUUCAUGGAGGUUCACCAGUCCUCUAAUUGUGCUGGUUAUUUUAGUUUUCUACCUGGUGACACAAGUCCAAGAAGCGCUCACAUACUCAGUUUGGGAUCCCAACUCUGAGAAGUUCCCAUCUCUGGCUUCAGUACCCUACCCUUCUUGGAUAUACGUGAUCAUCUUUCUGUUGGCAGGAGUUCCCAGUAUGGCAGUGCCUGUGUAUGCAUUAUGUAGAUUUGUCUUUGUUUGCUGUAAGAACAAAAAUUAAUAAAACACUGUUUUAAAGUCAGACAUUUUAGAAUACUACAAAACCAUACUUACCUACUGCUCAUUUGAUUUCUUGUUGUAUUAAAAACCUGUUAAGCCCGAUUGCCCCCGCCGGCGGGGCUAAACAGAACAAUAUUCACAAA